UCUUACAAAGGGAAGUUUCUUAUGCACUUGCCUGGUAGGCAGCGGCAAUAUAUUCAUCAUGGCAUUCAUUCGAUUAUUUUUUAUUCUUCUACUCCGACAUUUGGUGUCUGUAUCUAGCAAUGCGGAUUCAGCUUACCAUCAUCACCGCCACCAUUCUUUGCUCAACGACAAGGCUGCACUUCUGGAAUUCAAGAGGUCAAUAUUUGAUCCAAAGUCCACGCUUUCUAACUGGGAAAAGGCUGUUCCUGUUUGCAACUUCACUGGUGUCACAUGUGACAAGCGCUACCACCGUGUGUCACAAAUCAACCUGUGUAGCUUUGGACUUGUGGGAAAGAUUUCGCCCUUCAUUUCAAAUCUCACUGGCCUUCGAGUCUUAAACCUUUUUGAAAAUCACUUCUUCGGCACCAUUCCGCCACAACUUUCCUCCCUCCAACACCUCCGUACUCUCAUGCUAGAUAGCAAUAACUUAAAUGGUCCAAUACCAAACAGUUUCGCCCUCUUGACCAACCUCACUUUAUUUUCUGUUCAAAAUAACAGUUUGACAGGUCCCCUGCCGCCCUCUUUUUUCUCCAACUGGACUCAGUUAAAAAAUAUAGAUCUCUCUUUCAACUUCUUCACAGGUCAAAUUCCAGCAGAAAUCGGAAAUUGUGCAAAUUUAUGGACCCUCAAUUUAUACAACAAUCAAUUUACAGGACAACUUCCUGCCUCCUUAACCAAUGCUUCACUGUAUAAUCUAGAUGUGGAGUACAAUCUUCUUUCAGGGGAAGUGCCUUCGGAUUUAGUGCGGAAGCUGCCUAAGCUUCUCUUUCUUCAUUUAUCAUAUAACAAAAUGACCAGUCAUGAUAACAACACCAAUCUCUAUCCGUUCUUCGCUACAUUGCGAAAUUGCACUCAUUUGAAGGAGCUUGAAUUGGCUGGCAUGGGCCUUGGAGGAAGAUUGCCUAGCUCCAUUGGCCAUCCUACUCUACAGCGUCUAGAAUUGCAAGAAAAUCGCAUCUUCGGAUCCAUACCUCCAGAAAUAGGAAAUCUUUCGAGUCUUUCAAUGCUGAAUUUGACAUCCAAUCUUCUAAACGGGACAAUUUCAGAAGAGAUCGGUCGAUUGUCAAUGUUGGAACAGCUUGUUUUGUCCCACAACUUUUUCAACAUCACAAUUCCAGUAGAAUUAGCGAAACUCCAUCUUGGUCUGCUCGAUCUAUCAAACAACAACUUUCAUGGAGAAAUUCCGGGCAGCCUAGGUGAUUUGCCUCUGCUUAAUUCUUUGUUUCUCAAUAACAACCUCCUUUCAGGAUCAAUACCACCAAAACUACUAAAAUGCACAAACCUGUACAGGUUUGAUCUGUCCUACAAUAAAUUAACAGGGAGAAUCCCUCGGGCAAUAUCAGAGCUACGUGAAAUCAGAAUAUUUAUAAAUUUUUCACACAAUCUUCUUGAAGGGCCUUUACCAAUUGAGAUCAGCAAGCUGGACAAAGUUCAAGAAAUGGAUCUUUCAUCGAACAACCUCAGUGGGAAUAUCUUCCCCCAGAUAUCAAGCUGUACGGCAGUGCAGAGGAUAGAUUUCUCACACAAUGCUCUUGAAGGGCAGCUUCCAGAUUCUCUAGGUGAUCUGAGGAACCUCGAGUCGUUUGAUGUGUCAAGCAACAAAAUAUCUGGAAUGAUACCAAAGAGCCUGAGCAACAUUAAUCUCACAUUUCUGAAUCUUUCUUUUAACAACUUUGAAGGAAUGAUUCCCUCUGGUGGCAUCUUCAAUUCAGCUACAAAUAUGUCAUUUUUAGGCAAUCCUCGUCUAUGUGGAGCAGCUUCAAGUACACCCAUUUGCCCUCGAAAUAAACACUGGUUUCGAUCACGUAUGUUCCUGAUUUUUAUCAUAGUCAUAGUUGUGUCAGUGCUUUUAUCUGCAGUAUGCUUUAUGAUUGGAAUCCGCCGUGUUAAACUAAUGGUUUCUUCGAGGAAAACUGAAAGAUCAAGCAAGCCACCAACACCAGAAAUAAUGCACAACUUCCCCAGAAUCACUUACAGAGAACUGUCAGAGGCCACUGGAGGAUUUGAUGACCACAAAUUAAUUGGAACCGGUAGCUAUGGACGUGUUUACAGAGGAGUUCUUCAAGAUGGGACAAGCAUUGCUGUAAAGGUGUUACAUUUGCAGACUGGAAAUUCAACCAAAAGUUUCAAUAGAGAAUGCCAAGUUCUGAAGAGGAUUAGGCACAGAAACCUCAUUCGGAUUAUAACAGCAUGUAGUUUACCUGAUUUCAAGGCUUUGGUUCUUCCUUAUAUGGCAAAUGGAAGCUUGGAGAGCCGUCUCUAUCCACAUUCUGAGUCAGGUUUGGGUUCAGGCUCCUCAGAUUUGAGUCUAAUUCAGAGAGUGAGCAUUUGCAGUGACAUUGCAGAAGGGAUGGCCUAUCUGCAUCACCAUUCUCCGGUUAGAGUCAUACACUGUGAUCUAAAGCCCAGCAAUGUUCUUCUAAAUGAUGACAUGACAGCACUUGUUUCGGACUUUGGGAUUGCAAGGCUGGUUAUGACAGUAGGAGCUGGUAACGGAGCUGGGACUGUAGAGAACAUGGGAACAUCUACUGCAAAUAUGUUAUAUGGAUCCAUCGGUUACAUUGCACCAGAGUAUGGAUUUGGAUGCAAUACAUCUAUCAGAGGAGAUGUAUACAGCUUUGGAGUUUUAGUUCUUGAGAUGGUGACCAGAAAACGACCAACUGAUGAAAUGUUCGUUGGUGGUUUAAACCUGCACAGAUGGGUGAAGAGUCACUACCCUGGAAGAGUAGAAAAAGUGGUUGACUUAUCUUUGAUCAGAGCUUCAAGGGAUCAGUCCCCUGAAGUGACAAGGAUGUGGGAAGUUGCAAUUGCAGAAUUGAUUGAAUUGGGUAUUCUUUGCACUCAGGAAACUCCCUUUACUAGGCCUACCAUGCUUGACGUUGCUGAUGACCUAGACCGCCUUAAAAGAUACCUUAAUGGGGAUACUACUGUGACAUUCGCCUCAUCUCUAGGAAUUUCUUCUUCCACUCUAAGUGAUGACUAAUAGCUUUUCAAUUUGUUGUACAUAGACUACAUUUUACUGUUGCUAUUUUGGAAAGUUUCAAAUGGAAUCAAUCAGAAGGGUGAGCAAAGAUGGU